GUGCGAAGAUGCAGGAUUGCACCGAGUGCCCACCAGCAACCACAAUGCGCGAGACGAUGAUCAAUCCAUUCAGUGCGUAGCGCUCCUAGGUGAUGCGGCCUAUCCUCGCCCGAACUUCCUUACCUUCGUGCAGCCCCGUAGGCGCCAUGACCUUCUCCCGCUACGACGACCAUGACAGAACAUCUCGCCAGAACUCGAAGUCUUCUCAGACUCACUCGCACAAGCUCCAACUCCGCCCGAAUAAGCCUCAUCAUCGCCGUGCCCGGUAUGUCAGUCCGCAUCCGUGAAAUUGGUUUCCGAGGCUGGGAACAGGCACUGACCGCCGUACACACAGGCGCGGAAAUGUCAUGCUUGCGCCCCUGUACGGAGCCUCCACAUCACGUAUCAUCCACGGCGUAUCUGUUCCCGUCAUCCCAUCUCGCAUCGCGAGUCUGGACCGUGGACUGCUCGCCUUCAAUCCAAUUCCGAGCUGUCCGUUCCGAGAAUAGACGGCGCUCGCAGGUAGGAGGCUUAUUUUGGUGUUUGGGAUGUCUCCGUCGCGACUGCCAGGCUUCUCUGCCGCUGUCGCUGUCAGAGAAGGUGGAACGUCCGCCUCUGGAUGGAGGUUAUAUCGGAGGAUUGUGUCAUGCGGCUGACGCGUGCGAUCAAUACCGGCCCGCGAAGGUGGUCUCGAGGAGUGCACUCCACAGCGCCGUCGAACGUCUCAACAACGACACCGGUAGAUUGGCCUGUGUCCGCUCGUCGGACGCGUCAUGCUUUGUGUUGACUUCACGAGGUGCCUGCCUGUUGGCUGUCUGGCGAUAUCCGUGCGCUGGUUUCUCGACGUUGCUGAUAAUUAUACACUAAUUCUGAUUGAUUGAAACAUUUUUAUAUUCAUUGAUCACACGCACUGCGGUCGAAGCUUGAUUGUGCUAUUCUGUAAGUACAAUACACCGGGAUCUUUACUCGACAAUCUCUGACAAAGUCAUCAAACACCCAUA